AGCUGAUCAAAAACCAGGAACCAGAACUUCCUCAAGGUCUCCCACAUGGGUACAGGGUCCCAAGGCCUUGGGCUGUCCUCUGUUGCCUUCCCAAGCCAUAAGCAAGGAGCUGGAUGAGAAGUGGAGCAGCCGGGACACAGACCAGUACCCAUAUGGGAUCCUGUCGGGUGCUAGGUGAGGACUUUAGACACUUGGCUACUGUACCAGUCCCAAGACUGAGGAAUUUUACAAUGUUGUGACUAUUUGACAUUUUGAAGUAGUAGGGUCACUUUUCAACCUAGACCUCCUUUCUUCUAGACCCUUGAGAGGUUGAGAGGAGAGAGAGAAAGAGGGAGAGAAGAAUUAGUUUUAGAAAAGAAAAACAAAAAUGGAACAUCCGCUUGUGCAGUGGCAUGGUUAAGGAUACUCUAACACUGUAAUCACCUUAUCCAUGUAUGCCUGGCUGCUUGCGCUGGCCUGUAUGGGAGUGUUAACCCCGAAGACUCCCUUAGAUGUGGCUGAACUAGUUACUAUAAAAAGUGUCUCACUUUAAAACUCCCACAUUUCAAGAACAGAGAAACUCAGUACAAAGGCAGUUUGGAAGUUUGCCUGGAACCUGGGCUCCUGGAGACGCAGCGCUGGAGCAGAUGGAUAAUGGAGAAUGGGGCUAUAUGAUGACUGACCCAGUCACGUUAAAUGUAGGUGGACACUUGUACACAACGUCUCUUACCACAUUGACGCGUUACCCGGAUUCCAUGCUUGGAGCUAUGUUUGGGGGGGACUUCCCCACAGCUAGAGACCCUCAAGGCAAUUAUUUCAUCGACCGGGAUGGACCUCUUUUCCGAUACGUGCUUAACUUCUUAAGAACUUCAGAGUUGACCUUACCCCUGGAUUUUAAGGAGUUUGAUCUGCUUCGAAAAGAAGCCGAUUUUUACCAGAUUGAACCUUUGAUUCAAUGUCUCAAUGACCCAAAGCCUUUGUAUCCUGUGGAUACUUUUGAAGAAGUUGUGGAGCUGUCUAGCACUCGGAAGCUUUCUAAGUACUCCAAUCCAGUGGCUGUCAUCAUCACCCAGUUAACCAUAACCACCAAGGUCCACUCCUUACUAGAAGGCAUCUCCAAUUAUUUCACCAAGUGGAAUAAGCACAUGAUGGACACCCGAGACUGCCAGGUGUCCUUUACAUUUGGGCCCUGUGAUUAUCACCAGGAAGUGUCUCUGCGGGUCCACCUGAUGGAAUACAUUACAAAACAAGGCUUCACAAUCCGCAACACGCGCGUGCACCACAUGAGUGAGCGGGCCAAUGAGAACACAGUGGAGCACAACUGGACUUUCUGUAGGCUGGCCCGGAAGACGGAUGACUGAUCUGGAACCCAGAGAGAAGUUCCUGGAAGCUGGUUCCCCAGGAAAUGGCAGAGACUUUUUUUUUAAAUCACAGUGUGAGGUUUUUUUUUUUUUUUUAAUAUUUGUAUUUAUUUGAAGGUAUUGAGGACCAGAAGGAUGUUUUGUGUUUUACCAGACUCCUCCUGUUUUGUCCCUUCACCCUGAGUAUGCAUGUGCCUGUUGAGUCUCCAGAUACCUUUUUUAUAAAAAGAAAUCUGAAAAUUAUGGAUAUAAUCUACCCUUAACAGAGCUUUGUUUUUUUAUAAUUAUUACAGUGCUAAAAUGAUUUCUGAUAAAGUGGCCCUUAACUUAGCUAGAAGGCUAUAAAAAUACAGGAAUGAAAGAAUAAGCUGAAUAGUCGUGAUGCCUUUGAGAAAAAUCGAAACAUCAUGUAGGAUGACCUACUUUCCAAACCGAUAAGCAGUAUUAUAAUAUUAAGGCAAAACUGUUCCAAUCAUUUAAAAGUACUUGUUAAGUACUGCUUCUUACAGUUAUGACAACUGUUUCUUUCUAUGCAUAUAAAUCAAGCAACCAAAUAUCUGUAGCCAUGGAAAUGUCUGACUAGAAAUAUUUAUAUUGGAUUCUGAGUACAAAAUGUCUCUGUGGUAGAAAUCUUACUUCUUACUCCUGGUGCAGUAUAAUUCCCAAGUGGACUGUCUACCAGAAAAAAAAGCUAAUAAAAAAUGAAAUAUGAAAACUA